AUGGGCUCAAGUAAUAAGAAGAAGAAGGAGAAGAAGAAGGACUUCCAGAAAGCCAAGUUGAAGGUUGGAAAAGUGAAAGCAAAGGCUGCCAAUUUCACCGACACAAGUUUUAAAGCCAAAUCUAUCGUGGUCAACCAGCAAACUCUUGCAACAGAUGGCCAAGACCCCGUCGAGCAGUUCAAGCAGAACCUCACGCUGGCUGUCAACGCAAAAUCGGACAACCAGAGACGUGAUGCGCUGGCCUACGUCACCAACCAACUAUCUGCGCAUCCACCUAACAAUCCUGUCGGGACUUUGGGGGUCUUGACGAAGCUCCUACCUUUGAUGUCGGAUAGCUCGGCGUCGGUACGCCUCCAGCUUCUCAAGCUAUUUCGGGCCUUGCCGCCGACGGAGGUCGCACCUUGUGUGGAGAGGGUCCUGAUGUACGUUCGGGGCGGAAUGACGCAUCUGUCAACUGACAUUCGCGGCGAUACGCUGAGUAUCAUGGAAUGGCUACUUGAUGUUGCCGGCGACGAGACGGUGGCGUGCCCCGGCGGCUGGCUCAAAACCUUGAACAGCUUUAGCUCUAUGUUGGGAUGGAACCCUAAUGUUGGAGCCGGUAUAAGCAACCAAGGCUGGACGUCCGCCUCCAAGGCGACCCUCGGUACUAAACGCGGCCCGGAGGCCCAGGCAAGGCAAAUUCAAGUUUUAACCAAGUUCCUGCAAACUGGCUUCCGGACAGAGGCACCGAUUCCAUAUCAUCCGACAACUUACUGGAACAACCUCUACCGUUUGCCGAGCACACCUAGCCCGUUUGCCCAUCUCAACCUAUUUGGCAUACCAAGGGAUGAAGACAGCGAGAUCUAUCCCGACCGUAUUGCGCGGCAGCGUGUUUUUGAUACCAAAUGGCGGGCCGCCAUUACCUCUGGCAUGGAGAGCGCUAAGAAAGAAGGGGGAACCGUGGGAAGGGCUGCUGCUGCACUUGACAGAACGCUAUGUGUUGGGCUUCAAUAA